AUGUUGCGCGGAGUCUCUCGACAUCUUGCCCGCUUCCCCCGUCGCGAGUGCCUACGGUCAAUAUUUUCAUCAGACGCAUUUACCGAAUCACGUGGACAGUUUUAUUAUGUCAUCCCGGAGAUUCCGAGUGAUGACACUUCAAGAAAUCCCAUUUUGAAUCAUGCACACCUACCAAGGUACUGCGACUGUGACAGUUAGAUACUUUUAGUUUUCGAACGGUAAAGCCCGAAGAUGUGUUCACGGGGGUUUCAAAACUUAUAAUUGAAUACCAAGUUUCUCUCACGCAACUCUCAGAGGAAGUCAAGCAAGGAAAAUUUGACCUAACCUUCGAUAAUUUGGUUGGCAAACUGGACGAAAUCAUAUUCCCCCUGCAAUACUCCAUGCAGUUACUUGGUGGCUUCGGGAUUAUCCAAGACAAUUCCAUCUGGCGGCUCAUUGGCGGUCGGCUGUUAUCUAAGGUUCUACAAGCCCAAUGCGAGCACUUUUACUCGGAUGCGGCUAUAUAUGAGGCUCUGCACAAAAUUCUUCUGAAUCUGAAUGAUCCUGAUGGAUCAAGGAAAGGUUAGAAUCCCUCAUCUUUCAGUGUGAACAUGAUAGUUUUGUAUUUAAUUGCUAGCGCGUCCAUGGUUCGAGCCUGAAUCCUCGAUCCAUUUUAUAUCAGGAACCUAUUUACAUGUUCGGAGCUCCCCUGCACAGCCUGGAAAUUAGAUCACCGCGUCUCCGUCAUCGACCGUCCGCCCAAGUCUUGCUUAUUAUAAAGUUGCAUAACAUCUAGGCGGCUUUUAGUUUUUGACAUGGUAAACACGGACUUUAGGCUCCGUUCUGCGGUUGCGUUCGUAGCUCUCGUAUGGAUUCGGCCUCGGUAAAUAGAAAUAAUGCUGUAUAUUAUUGUAUUUUACGUCUUAUGGAGUAUUGCCUUUGUGCUUUUUGUCUUGGCCAUCAUCGUUUGCCAUACUUACGGCGCUCAACAAGUCAUAAAUCAACAGUUUUAGCCUUUAUGACGAGAAAAGUGCUAAACCAUUUACUAGUUUUUAACCGCUCUAAAGUCAUCGAACUGCAUAGUGUCGUAGGGUUCAGAUGUGCCCUGUCCAAGCCGUUCUUUUUUUACUGUCUUAACACUUAAGAGCGUUUUUGAAUGCUUGAUUCAAAUGUGGUUAUGCAGACAAAACUCACUGCUAGCCACAACACCGGUGAGCUUCUCUAACUUCCUCAACCGCAAACGGUGACUUUUUGUGUUUUUAUUAUAUUUGCUUCGAAGUUUGUUGGAUAGAGGAUAAACAGCCUUACUUGACAUAACGCAUUACGGUCUGUUUACAGACUUCUGAAAAGUCCUCUUAUCAGUGUUAACCGCCUGGAAUUUAUGGUGGAGCAUCUUCAUCGCUUGCUCCGAAUGAACUGCCUCCAGUACUUUGCCAGACAGUCUUUGGUCUGUUAUUAAAUUAUAAGUUCGUAAGUCGGAUUGCUCAACAAUUAGCGUUGCCAGACUACCGGUGACUCGAGCUCAUUUCAGGCAUUCUGUUACGGAAGAUACUGGACGAUUCUAUAGCUAGCUGCAAAUCAUGUUCUUUAAGCAUCAAACUCACCCUGACCAGUUGGGUGCAAACAGCGGAGUCUUUAAUCCAGCUAAAUGUGAUUAAAACCCCACAUUUCGGUCAAAAAUCGUGGCUCAUGAAAAGGCUGACUGGCACCCUUCCAGUCUAACUCCUAACACACGCAGUUUAACACAGAAACACCUUACUUCGAGGUUGGGAGGGAAUCCCGGCCCAAAGUUUGCAGAACAAAUGUAGCAGUUGUUAGUGAAAAUGCAGGUAAGAACCUUCUCAAGUUCCAUCUAACUGUCUCAUGAGCUUUCGAACUCUCUGGGCCGUCGUUAACUUCCACGGUCACUCUUGUACAUAGUAAUCGUACGUUACUUGUCCCCAAAUCUCACACUUUACUGUGUUUAUCGAGUUGCUUUACUGGUUUAUAAAAAUUCUUCCUCGCAUAGGCAUUUUGCAGCAGUUUCUGGCCGAAAGCUGGGCCUGCGGUGCCGGACUGUCUACCGUGGCGUCUGGAAAGACUGAUCCACCUCCUUCGGGGCUUACAGAAUGUGCCUCUUGCCCUGUGAGCCACUUUCCUCACAACCUUUCUGCGCGUCAGGCCCAGAAGCGCCUCUCCGAGCUGCAGUACCUGCGCGCUGAGCUGACUCGCAUUGAACGUGAGUUCGAGCUCAUGGUUGCUAGUAGUGCCUUUGUUAGUUUACCGCAAACUCAGCUCGGAGCCAGGCUCACUGGACGAUACCAGAAUUCCCAGAGCAUCGACACCCAACUGCCCGAAUACCUUGCAAAUGCGCUCUCCCCCGAAGAUCAAGGGCAAGUGCCAGUGGCGGAGUCCGAUCUCGCGGCGUCCGCCCCGCCCUGGCUGUCCCGAGCCCUGGGCGGUCGUCUCGAGGGUGGUUACGUGACGGGAAUGCGGGUCAAUCUGGGCAUCGAUCGCACUGCACUAAUUUUUCUACGACACUGCAGCAACCGUGAGGUAGGUCGGUACUUGUAUUUUUUGCUUGUUUGAAGCCGCGGUUUGCUAGAUUACUUCCUUUAUAAUUAAAUCCAGUAAGUUAUUUUUUGGGAAAUAAAUUUUAUAUGGCAGAUUCGUCGCACGGUAUGGCGGGCGCUGGUCCAAAGGGCAAGCACUCGUAACUUUGGGGGCGCCUCUGGUCAGCAUGCAGCAAAUGAUGAGCGGAUUCAAAAUAUACGGAAACUUCGUUCUCAGGUGGCGGAACAGUUCAACGUCCCCGAUUGGCUCUCCUUGGUUUGGCAUCGAUCUUCUCCUGGAGGUCGUGGUCCCGAGAGUCCGGAGAAGCUCGUCAAAGAAGUGCUUGAACCGCUGCGAAAAAAACUCCUACCACUUGGGAAACUUGAGUGGGUUGUACUCAGCGAGUGGGCACCACCCUAUCUGCGGAUUCCGCGUAAGUUCCUGCCUCAGCGGAAUUGCUUCUGCAGUGUUAGAACAAUUUUUGGUGUUUGUGUAAGGUUAAACCAUUCCGUCGGCAACAACUACUCUCUGUAAAAGCAGGACAAGACAGUUUUUAUCAGAAUAGUAGGCAUUUUUACGCCUGCUAGCAUUCUUCGGUUCCCACAGGUCAGAAGUCAUAAUUUGAGAGUGACUGCCACCUUUACCACCGCAUUACAGCUAACCUUUUCCCUGUAUGUCAGACGUAUUAUUGUCCAAGUGGUUUCUUGAGCGACUGUUUCGACAGUGCAACGGUAUUUUCAAGGAGGUUUCAUCUGUCUUUGGGUCUAGUUUUGGUUUUCGCAGCUCAAUCGACACGUGCGUACCUGACUAGCUUUAAAACGUACUUUCUCACGUGCUGAACUUACCCCUUUUGGUAAGUCAAGCGAAGCCAAUCUGUCUGGUUUUGUAAAUGAUAAACUGUAGAACAUAGUAUCUGGCUUUUUCUCCAAAGGUUCUCUGUGGUUUGGAUUUACGCGUACCAAAGAAAACGUGCAUCACACUUAGCGGGCGUUAAACUGUUGAUUCUAUUUUAAAGAUUUCAUACGUAGAUCGUGCGACCCAGAGCUUACGUUUUGGCCAAAGCCGAAUGUUCCGAAUUUCAUGAAAUUUUCAUGCGAUUAAAGCCAAUUUACUUAUUGUCUUAAAACUUUUCUUUUUAUCCUCAAUUCGUCUUCAUGGUCGCCAAGUAACUUCCAUUCUCGUAACCUGCCUAACUAAAUGUAGUGAUCCUUGCAAUUAAUCAUUCCGGUCAGUUACCUGUAUUCAAUCCCACUACCCAACGUUUUAUAGCAUGCGCACUAUUUUCACUCAAUUUUGUCAUCUUUGUGAGGACCAUUUUGAGGUAGUUCGUGGUAUGCUUGAAUGAAAUCUCAAUGCAAAGAUUUUCGCAGUUUAGUACACUCGUUAGUCUACCGACUGAGUAAGGUCGAUAAACAGUCGAUUUAUUCCUAAAUUCAAGAAAGACCAAAGUGUCUUAAAGCUGCCGUUUUGACUAUGAGAUGUCACCCCUUUGGAAUUUGCGGUUGGAACAUAGAGAAAUGGAUUUUUCCAAAUACCUUUUGGCGAAUGUGCAUCCAUGCUGCACGCAGGGUUUUCGCAAUCCUUAGAAAGUGUCUAAACUCGAUGCGCUGUCCUCAUCACCACAAAGAUCCCAAUGUACCGAGCAUCCCUCUGACCAGUCCUUCUGCACACUUGUCAAUGCGAGCGAAAACUGGCGAUAGUCGUUCACCGUUGACUGAGAAACAUCCUCCGAGUAAAUUAUACCGUCAUAGUCGAGGGAGUUCGCAAUCGCUGCGAAAACACCGUGCUGUUAUUUUAGGCCUUUGAAGAGAGACUGAGGUGAUUUGGAAAGUCGUUUGUCAUCCACCCCACGAGUCCAACGUUGCUGCCCUUGAUCCGACGUACCUGUUGGUCGAGAGACGUCGAAGAGGAGGUCAGCGUAAGACUUGGCUGGACACAGUUUACUAGGCAUGGAGGUGGUUCCUGAACAUCCAAUAUUCUGUCUCCCUCAAUCGAGAAGCGAGUGAAUCAAGAUGUCCAUAUCUGCUGCUGCAGACCAUCACGCUUGGAGAGGUGUAAUCUGUGUUAACACUAAGACGGGCUAGAUCAGGCAUGACUACAGCCCUACGAAGUACUAGUAGGUACAGGUCUGGCCCUCAUCAUUCUGGUGAUUUCUGCUCAGGAUUUUUCGUGCUGUCUAUUCUACGAUGAUGAUUCUAGUGGUGGGGAGGGUGGCAGUAACAGUGUUGGCGCUAAAGACGUUGAUUAUUACAAUAGAUACAGUCACGAAUAAGGUCACAUUCUUUUCUUCCCUGUAGACCAUAUAGUUCGCUCCGUUCGUCUUCCUUACUCAAAAAUGACCCAAGUUUUUUUCCUGCAGCAGCGCUGUCUAUCGUCACCCCCACUUACCUGUCGCCUCACUUUAUUUUAGGUAGUAUGCUGGGUCCAACCCAUGGUGGGUACAACCACUUUUGAAACUGGUAUUUGCUGCGUGUGCUUAAUCUGUGUUAUACUAACAUCGUAGCUGGGCGACCACAUUUGCACCAGGUAUUCUCUUACACUGACUCAUCAAUCACGCGUAACUACUGACUUGAGCUAUCUCCUCAUUAUUUUCAUUCCCCUUCUUCGUCCCUCCGCAGCAAAUUUAGAGCACUUCGAUAUAGACUAUGCCAUCGAACAGUACAACCACAUCACGUCGGUGACGCCGGGUGCCAGUCUCCUCACCGAUCCGCGCAACGAAAGACGUCUUCCCCUGCAGGCCACUGUGGACAACAUCUUCACGAGACUGGGUGACCUCCUUGGACUAAAAGUGCGUCGUCUGCCGGCCGGAGAGGGCCACGCUGCGGCACUGGACCUACCCGACGGCGCGAUCUACGAGGUUCUUCGGCCGGAGCAGGGAGGCCCAGAGAAGGCAGGCGAGAUCAUUGUGAACAUUUGUGCAAAGUAUGCUGCAUUGCACCGUUAUUGCAUGAUUAUUGAGCAGUCCUCUCGGUCUAAAGAUUGUCAGCUGUCCAACUUUAAAAAACCUGUUAUUCGAAAGCAAAUCUCUGACGCUUAUUAUUUUGAUUGA